AUGGUCCACGACCCCACUGUUCCCGACGGCCCCGACACUCACCUCUCCGCCGCCCCGAAACCACCCGAAGAGCGUCCUCUCGUCGUCCAGCAGCAUCCAGAUCACCCCGACGAUGUCGCCAGCGUCCAUAGUAUGCCUGCUGUCCAUGUAACUGCCCCGUCUUCGCCUCUGGUCCCCGCUCCGUCGCCGGUAUCUUCUCAUGCCGCUCUGCUUUCAACCAGGUCUCCAGUACCUUCUCCGUUGCCUUCCCCGUCUAGGUCCAAUACCAUGCAGUCCGACGAGUCCUCGACCAGUCAGCAACAAAGAAGGGCCAGGCACAGGUCUGCGAUAGAGCCCCGGUCUUCUAAUAGACUUUCUGGCUUUUUCAAUAACCUCAUGCAUCGCCGAGAACCCGUCGCUGCAUCUUCGCGGGAACCCAUCCACGAAGAUUCCUCCCAGCCUGAGCCUGCCGCGUCAAACUCAGAGCUUGUCUCUCGUUCAUCUUCUCCUCAACCUAUCCGUCCAACUACACCACCACCUUCCCUCCCUGCCCCCACACUCUAUGAACUUGGUCUCUCACUUUCUGCCUUGACCUCCGAUCUCUGCCCGUCACAUUUCAGUACUCCACCCUCCAGUGGGGCUUUGCUCGCACCACACUAUCUACUUUUGUGUCAUGCUCAAGGUCUAGAUGUUCUGCCUCUUGUAUCUCCCCCUGCCCUGCAGCCCUACGCUCUUGUCCGGCGCGUGGCGUUCAAGAGUGUUGUUGUGAUGGAGCAACGGGGCGUUCUCGUAGCUAUUGCAGGUAGGCGAGACGGUGUGCGUGUAUAUGCUCUUGAGGAGGUAAAAAAGGCUAUUGAAUGGCGAAUAGAUGUCGAAGUCAGACGAGAGCGCGACCGCAGCCGUCGGGAAAACGUCAAAAAGGUGGCGUUGCGUAAUGUGGAUCUCGUCGAAUCCCGCGAUUCAGCUGAAAAGACGCGAAAGGCUAGUCUAUCUACUCCACCUCCAGGAGAAUCGAACCGACUUCGCACAAAUUUACUUCGGAAAAAUUCUCACAACACACUGCCAGCUCCGCCAUCACCCCCUCCUGUCCCUCUCAUACCUCGCUCAGCUACGCCGAGAGCUCCUAAAAAACGAACGAAACCGGCAGUCCAGAUACCUCCUAAUAUACCUUCGAUUCCUCCUGCGUCCUCUGAUCCUCCACCAUAUGUCAGCCCGUCCGAGGUGGCGAACCCUUCCUUACAAAAUCGAUCAUCGUAUAUAUCGUUGAGGGCUAGAUCACGAGGGGGCUCUGUCAGUAAUGUUCUUGCCGCUGCACCUAGUCAUCAUCGGACAGCGGAGUCGUCAAGAUCUCAAAACGAUUCCAAAGCUGACUGGGCAGAAUCUAGCGACGAAGAAGCCAUCGACGUUGUUGCGGCAGGAUCCAGCGGGUCACAUCUUGAUGAACGGACAAGUGCAACACUGUCUUCAAGUCGUGCUGCGACGACAUCACAAAUACAACCGAAUGUUACCCAGACGCUUCCGGUACCAGUCCUGCCCCGCAAUUCAACCACUUCUGUGAGGAGAAACCGACCCUCAAAUCUCGAUCUAUCAUUAACACGGUCAAACACUAUACCACCCCCAGAGCCAUCUCCAGCUCCUACUCUAAUUACAUUAAGGCAGGCACUGGUUCAUUCUCCCUCUUUGGUCGAUGGAAAUACUCCAAAUCCCGAUACCCCAUUCGGAGAAGUCGACGACGACGACGAAGAAAUUGAGGGUCAUAUUAGCCUUGCACAGGCACUUUUAGAGAGUCGUAUACCUGACCUUCCGCCCAUAGGGACCAUGCGCCCACAGGAACCAAUAAUUUUAACACCUUCGAGUCCCCCACUGAGGCCGUCGGAAGAUACUGUCUCUCUCUCUCCUGCUGACGGGGCUAAUUCGAUUGGACGCAGCAAUGCUCAUAAUAAUGCUCGGCGUCGCAGACGGUGGUCGAUCAUGAUCAGCAGCCCGACAACUGAAGUGGGAAACAACUCUCCGCCUACGGCGGCCGUUCCAUCAACGGCGACUAGUGUGCGAUCGCUGAACCGCUUUUCGCGGUCUCGCUCAUUCAGAUCAAGUAGCUCGCAUACACCCACACCAUUGGAAGUGUUGCCACCUAAUGCUUCAACGGCCACCUUGCCCAAUACUGCUGCGCCAUCAAUUCCCGAUACCGCUUCUAUUCCUGUCACCCCACGCUCGGGUCGGUCUUCACGCUUUAUCCCUCGCAUCAUUAGCAAUGCUUUGAACAGCAGGAGACAUGCCGAGCGUUCACCAGCAAGACCAGCUACGCCUGUUGAAGUAGGGGAUGGGCUGAAGUGGGCCCCUGGGGGAAAUCAAUCACCACCACCGAAACUAGAAUAUGUGAAAUUGCCAGGGACGAAAGGUGCCCUCUUCAUUAAAGCAGUUGAAACCCCGAAGAAGAGUUUCCUUGCCAUCCUCUGUGGUGACAAUGGCGAAAAGGUCGAAUUAUUUGCCGGAACCUACCGCACAGCCCUAGGAUUAUCACGGACGUUUAUUCUGCCGGAUUCGCCACGUUCAUUGGAACUGCAGCUACAAGGAGAUGAUCUUGUCGAAGUUUUCCUUGUUUUUGCUCAGAAUGUCUUUGGCCUAGAGCCUGCUACAGUCAGAGUACGUGAAGUAAGAAUCGGCCGGGCAGAACGAAGAGCUGCAAGGCGACGUGCCCGAGAGACCAGGCCGGGAGAGCCCACCCCAGCAGAACAAGAACCGCCCGAUGACGAAACAAAUGUAAAUGUUAACAUUGGCAUAUCCGUUCCCGUUGCUUCUACUGCCACUGAACCUGAGUCUGAGCGGUCUGGAAGUCCAACCCUAGUUGCUAGUGAACACCCCGGAGCUCAGUUAGAACGCCAACCAACACCUGAACCUGCUAAUCCUUCACCUACUCCUCAAUCCGAAGAACUUGUCAUGCUAGCUACUGCCCAGAUGGGCCCGUAUACCACAUUCCAGCAACUCAGCUUUGCGCCUAAUUUCCCACUAGCUUCUAUCGCAGAUGAAUAUAUCAUUCCUCCCACAUACCCAUCGUUCUUGGAGUACAAAGCCGAACAUGAAUCUGAUAACUCUGGAACCUCUACAAAUGUGACCCAAACACAAUUUUCACCACCUGGCCUACCUGUCCCUACUCCUACUGCGCCCUCUAAAUGGUAUUAUCGUGAUCCCAAGAACGUCGUGCAUGGUCCUUGGAAGGCAUCAUUGAUGCAAGCGUGGUAUAAAGACGGUCUGCUUCCUCCUGAUCUGCCGGUCAGACGAGAGGAAGAUACGGAAUAUGUCCUAUUGAAGGACCUCCGUCUGCAAAGUGUCGAUCCAACGCAGCCAUUCCGUGUCGUUGCACCCCUUCCAGACUCUGCCACUCCGUCACCGAAAACUAGGCUGGUAGCCUCUCAAGGCGACCUCCUCAAGCCAAUAUCCCUUUUGGAACAACCUCGUCACUUUGGACCACCUGCACUAUUCUACUCUUCCCGGGGUGGUGCCAGCACUUCGAUAGUGGAUGCCCGCGGUAGAUCUGUACUCAAAGGGAAGUUCCUAUGGAGUGCCGAUGAAGGCGAGCCGACUAAAACAACUCCGUCUAACAAAAUGGGCGAUAUCAAGCGGCUGGAAGCGUUUGAUGUGCGAAAAGGAUCUGUACUUGUUGCAAUGAGACAAGGGGGUUUGGAAGCUGUCUCACUGGGCGAUGCUCUUCUUAAUCCAGCGGACGAGUCACGGACAACUCUGCCUCAUUACAAUCCUCCUUUGAGCAGCAUCAAUCGGAGAGAACCUUUUGUAUGGAGAAUUGGUACGCCAAUCAUCUCGCCUCAAGCAGGCAACCUUGACGAAAAGGGUGUAACCACACCUGCCCUGCAAGGAAGCAAAAAAUCAAGUGUUACCUUGAUUAAAAGCAGUAAUUCAAGAACAGACGGUAUUUCGACUGAGCCUGAUGUAGAUCCCUUGGACGAAGUUUUGUUCUUGGGACGAAAAGAGGACGAUGUUUAUUUCUGUGAAAGAAACGCCGCCUCCUUUAGAAUCUUGAGACUCUCACCUACCACUUAUGAUACACUAUAG